AGCAGAGAGAGUGUUUCUCCUCACAGUGAGCGCCCACCGGCACACGAGUGAGCACAGGAGGACUGUUGAACCACCGCAGACAGGACUCUGACAGCGUCCUCCAACCCAGGCAGGGUGCACCGUUCUGGGGGUGAACUCUGCACGGACUCAGCCUCUUCCCUCUGGAGCUCUGCAGUCUCUGGCUUGCCUCAGUGUGUGUGUGUGUGUGUUUGUGUGUGUGUGUGUGUGUAUGUGUGUAUGUGUGUGUGUGUGUGUGUGUGAGAGUGUGUGUGUGUGUGUGUGAGGACAGUUUUGCAGAGCUGUUACACACCUUCUGGAUUGGAGGCGAUGCCAACUCCUCCUGCAGAGCUUUUUCCCUGUUUCUGGAUGGAUUUUUGAAGGGUUUACAAAUCUCUCCCCCCUCUCCCGUGGAUUAGGAUAUGGAGUGAUUCCUCUCAGAACAACAGUGGAAGUAACAGCCUCCCCAUACACACACACACACACACAGAGUGGAUUUUGUCCCGGAGGUCCCCGUUGGAGCCGUUGACUGCGACUGAGCAGCUUCUCCGUCACAGUUUUCCCGCUCUGGGAUUUUACAUCUGCGAAUCUGAUGAAAUGAUGCUGCAGGGACCCGACGAGGGACUGAGCCCUACCUGAACCUCCCCCUUCCCUCCCCCUUCCUCUCUCCUGACCCCCCUGACCCCCGACCCUCAGAGCCCUCAGCGCCGCCGUCCCAUCAUGAACCUGCUGUGCCGCGGGCGCCUGAAGCUGCUGGUGGCGUCUCUCACGGCCAUCGUCCUGCUCACCUGGCUCUACCUGCUGGCUGGAAACCUGGAGAAUGGCCGCUCCCUCCUCCUGGCUCCCUGUCUGGCUGACACGCCGGCGGCCCGGGUCCUGGAGCGAGCCGUCCUGGAGUCGCGGGUCCGAGAGGUGGAGGAAGAGAACCGGCAGAUCCGGCUACAGCUCAGCCAAUCGCAAGGCACCGCCGCCCAGCCACCAGACGGUAACUACGGCAACCAGCAGUGGGGAGCCUCCGCGGACACGGGGCAGGAGGACGGCGACAACACGGCGGAGGAGAAGAACAACCACACGGAGUGUCCCCGAUCGCCCACCGUCCAGAAGUGUGAGCUCAUCCACGUCGCGUGCGUUUGUGCCGGUCACAACGCCAGUAGGGACGUGGUCACUCUGGUCAAAUCUGUCCUCUUUCACAGGAGAAAUCCUCUUCACUUUCAUUUCAUCACAGACACGGUAGCCAAUCGCAUCCUGAGUUCCCUGUUUCAGUCCUGGAUGGUCCCGUCUGUGCAAGUCAGCUUCUACGACGCAGAUGAGCUCAAGUCCGAGGUGUCGUGGAUACCCAACAAGCACUACUCAGGUAUUUACGGCUUGAUGAAGCUGACGCUAACCAAAGCUUUGCCCUCAGACCUGUCAAAGGUCAUCGUCCUGGACACGGACAUCACCUUUGCCACCGACAUCGCCGAGCUCUGGGGCAUUUUUAGGAAGUUCACCGAUAAACAGGUGAUAGGCCUGGUGGAGAACCAGAGUGACUGGUACCUGGGGAACUUGUGGAAGAACCAUAAACCCUGGCCCGCAUUGGGACGAGGCUUCAACACAGGUGUGAUUCUUCUCUACCUGGAGCGACUGCGGCGGAUCGGAUGGGAGCAGAUGUGGCGGCUGACAGCAGAGAGAGAGCUAAUGAGCAUGCUCAGUACGUCGCUGGCUGAUCAGGACAUCUUCAACGCCUUCAUAAAGCAGAACCCGGUCCUGGUGCACCAGCUGCCCUGCUUCUGGAACGUCCAGCUGUCUGAUCACACCCGCUCCGAGCAGUGCUACACCGAGGUGUCCGACCUCAAGGUGAUCCACUGGAACUCUCCAAAGAAGCUCCGUGUGAAGAAUAAACAUGUGGAGUUCUUCAGGAACCUCUACCUGACCUUCUUGGAGUACGAUGGAAACCUGCUGAGACGAGAGCUGUUUGGCUGCCCGAGUCAGGCCAGUCCAGAGACCGUCCAGCUGCAGGCAGCUCUGGAGGAGCUGGACGAGGACGAUCAGUGUUACGACUUCCGUCGGGAGCGACUCACAGUUCACCGAGUGCACCUCUACUUCCUGCAGUAUGAGUACACGCCCACAGAGGACGACACUGACGUCACACUGGUGGCCCAGCUGUCCAUGGACAGGCUGCAGAUGCUGGAGGCCAUCUGUAAGCACUGGGAAGGUCCCAUCAGUCUGGCGCUCUAUAUGUCCGACGCCGAGGCUCAGCAGUUCCUACGCUACGCUCAGGCCUCUGAGGUCCUCAAGAACCGCAAGAAUGUCGGCUACCACAUCGUCUACAAGGAGGGCCAGUUCUACCCCGUAAACCUGGUGAGGAACGUGGCCCUGAAGAACGCCAACACGCCGUAUGUGUUUCUGACCGAUGUGGACUUCCUGCCGAUGUACGGUCUCUACGAUUACCUCAGAAAGACUGUGGUGCAGCUGGACAUGGCUCACACCAAGAAGGCUCUGGUGGUUCCAGCCUUCGAGACGCUUCGUUACCGCCUGUCCUUCCCCAAAUCCAAAGCUGAGCUGCUCUCCAUGCUGGACAUGGGGACUCUCUACACCUUCAGGUACCAUGUGUGGCCCAAAGGUCACGCUCCUACCAACUAUGCCAAAUGGCGAACAGCCACCACACCUUAUAAGGUGGAGUGGGAGCCAGACUUUGAGCCGUACGUUGUGGUGAGGCGGGACUGUCCAGAGUACGACCAGCGCUUCGUGGGCUUCGGCUGGAACAAAGUGUCCCACAUCAUGGAGCUGGAUGCACAGGAGUACGACCUGAUGGUCCUCCCCAAUGCUUUCAUGAUCCACAUGCCCCACGCUCCCAGCUUCGACAUCUCCAAGUUUCGCUCCAGCUCCAGCUACCGCAACUGUCUGAACACCCUGAAGGACGAGUUCCACCAGGACCUGUCCAGGAAAUACGGCUCGGCUGCUCUCAAGUACCUCACCGCCCAGAGGAACAUCUAAAAAAACAACAAAAACAACAACAACAACAACAACAACACAGAUCUGCUGAGAGCCGGCGAGUCCAUCAGCCUCCAAGCUCCUGACCUGAGAGCUCGGACAUGUACCGGCGCAGCGCUGCGCAGCGGGCCGCGCCACCGCUGGGCGCAAACAAUGACGGUAAAGCUUUACAGCCCUUCGGAACAUUGUCGGGCUCCUGUGCAUUAUUUCUCCAGUCGACUCCACCUCGAGGUGAUGAGAUGCAGAGACGGAAAAAAAAAACAGACGGAGUGGCAGCGGAUUUCCCAAACGCAGGAUUCACUGUGGAUUCAGCCCAGUGUGGAUAUGAUGGGACUAGCUUUAAGGCCGGGAAAUAACAACCAUAUUCUUACAAUUUGUUCUGACAAUCAGGGCUUUUUUCUUUUCCAGAAGACACACUAUGGACCGGUGGAUAUCUGGACAUGACGGGACACGUGUGGUUUGGGGAAACAUUUAAAAAGAGACAUUUGAGUCAUAUUUGCAAGGCCAGUCGAACUGGAGAAAGAUUUAAGCCUUAUCACUUCCCAUAUACUGAGAUAUUUAGAUAGAUACUUUAAUUUCUCCUUUUUUCCAGUGUAAAUCAGAACCAAUGAAAAACAAACAUUUACAAUGUUUUGAUUACGACUUUACAUAAGAAUCAGUUUAUUUUUUCCUUUCUAUAUUUUCUGACCUCUUCAAUCCAUCAUGUCCCAGUCGAGUUAUUUCCGUGAGCUUCAGGGAUGUGCUUUGUAUGUGUGUGUGUGAGUGUAUGAUCCAGCUGCAUCAUACGGCUCGUCUUCAACACGCUUACUGAUUGUCGUCAAUGUCAUCUCGCUUUUGUCUUGAUCAUAUAUUUGCUUGCAUGUAAAGAGUUGCACUACAUGUUCUUUUCGAAUAAGAAAAAUAGUCAGUUUUCUCCCUUAAUUCUUUCCACUGAAAGAAGCAAAAAUCUUCUACUGGUAACAGAUGUAUCUGGGUGGGACCAUCUCACGCGACCAACACUGACCGUACAGUGAGUUGUUAAUAAUGAAGCUGUCAGCUCUGAAAUCAAACUGCUGCACUCGGACGAAGGGCAGGAGCUUUUUCAGUUUCUUGUGUUUGUGCCAUUACAUCUAAAAUGUGUCUGAUUCACUGGAUGUGUGUGCCAUCUACUGUACCAAAGUCCAACUGAAAUCACAAAAUUCGUAUCUUUCUGCAGUCUGUUCAAUGUAUAGUUAGUCUGACUGAAAUCCAGAUCCAGGUUUUUUCGGGCAUAAUCAUCACAAAGUAACUGCAUUCAGGGGUCCGACUUUCAUUUUCGGCCUACCCAUGAAGACCUCUUCUGAGGGUAAAACUAAUUGGUUCUAGUGACUGUAGCUAGCAAGUAAAGGAUAAACGGCGUAAUUAAGGAAAUAUAACCAUUUUAUAUCUCAACUGACAAAUCUCAAAUCCAGUUUUUAAAUGUACGACUGCAGUCAACUCACUGAUUAGCUGCACUAAAUAAUCUGACAUCUCACAAUAACAGGUGGUUGUUUAUCACGUGACCAAAGCGCCAUCGUAUGGGUACGCGAUUAUUGGACUGAGCGAACUACUGUUCCUAAGGUCAAGAAUGAACCUAAUUAGGUUCUCAGAUAACACAAAUUAGCAUAUACGCAGACAGGAAGGGGCUUCCUUUAAACCAAACUAUAAAAAUACAGUUCUCAUCCUUUUGGAUGCUGAUUUCCUUCCACAAAACGAGUCCGCCUCUAAUUCACAGAGCAAAUCUGUGUGUUCAGCAAAAGGAAAAUGUGUAAUUCAGUUUCAGUUGGACUUUAAUCUUCCUAAUUUCAUUGUUUGUUUCUUUUUAUCCUGACGAUGGCAGUGUAUUUGUCGAAUAAUCUCAACUGAGUGGAGUAUCACGGUCUCCAGAGGAUGAUUUUAGUGUCUGUAGACUAAAUGUGAGUUAUUGUUAAGUUUGAUUGACCAAAUCUUUGGCCCCUGACAAACUAUUUGAAAAGUUCUUGGCCUGAUAUUCUGAUGUAUAUUCAAGAUCCCCAAAGGAUGAUAUUGUUUUUAUGUCCUUUCCUCGAAGCGUAGGACAAACCUCACUUCAGCUCCAAUAAUAGAAGAAUGGUGGCUGUGACACUGUGGCCCCUCGGGGACCGCCAGCAGAGCCGAAGGCUUUUUGUUUUUUAAUCAUUCGCCUCCUCUUUUAAUUUUCUCACUUCUAUUGUGUUAAAGAACACUGUGUCCCUUUUAUUUUCUCGAUCCCUAUCUGCAUUUGGACAAAAGGCGAGCAGAGCCGAAUCGAUUCGAAUCUCGUAGAAUUUCCACAGAGGAUGAGGCCGAACGAGGAGCACGAUGGCGUGGCGGCGUACGUGGCGGCCGCGGGCUCAGACAGAAUUAGGUUUGUUGAGGAGUGAGUGUGAACUGUGCCCCCCUCCCCCGCUGCCAUCCCAGCCGCCUCCAUUGACUUGUUGUUGAUUGUGGUAAAUGCUAGUGCCUUUGCUGUAUUGUGAAACUGGAUAUUGAUUGUACUGUUGUACCGACAGGGCCUGGGCCUGGUCAGGCACUCUAUUUAUUAUUGUUGACUCAAAUCAAUCAUAUUUUUCUAUGUAAGUGCUUUAAAUAAAUUUGCCCUUUUGUAA